CUUGACAUUUGACUAAUAGUUUGGUUUUGUUUGGUAACAUUCCGUUUGAAUACGAGAAUUUGCUUGCCCGUUGCUGUAUUUCUUAUUAAUAAACUCACUAGUAAAUAUGAACAUACCAUUUCCAAUAUUAACGCCACGAUUAGUGGAUCCUUUGUGGUUUAACGCUGACAGUCCCUGCGAUGAGGAAUCUGAAUUAACUGCAUUGGAACAGGCUAAUCAGCAUUGGUUAAACUCAAUAGGCCAACAGUAUAUGAAGCGUGCUCCUCUCGGGAAAGCUGAUCCUGAACCUAUGGAGGAGGAAGCUGACACUGACGAGGAAGAAGGUAAUGAUGAAUCAGAUGAAUCUGAAGAAUCUCACGAUGAAGACGAGGAUGAAGAUGUUAUUGCAACAUACUCUCCUGCACGUAACAACAAUGAAUUGGAACCAGACAGUCUAGAUGACCUUAAUGACGGACAAGAUCUUAACACUUCAGAUCAGAGUGCACUCUGGCCGAUACAAUAGCAGUGGAAAAAAACUGCUAUAACAACAGUAAAUUUCAAUGUCUUGGUACAGAGUAUCCAUAUUGUAUUGGAACUGAUUUAUGCUGUAAAUUGGGGUCUACUAUUACGGGUGUGGGGAAGAUUUGGAGCCUUGUCAAGCUUCCACAACCAUAAUAUUACUUUAAAAUGUGGUGGAAGAACCUCAUAAUAUGGGCGAAUCCUUUACCAUAUAAUCAUUGCGCUGUCUCAUCAAAUUUUCAGCAUAUUUUGUAAUAUAGUAAAAAUAAAAUAAAUCAAUAAAAAUAUUUAAG